AUGGCACGCCAUGGAGAUGCGGUGCUUGCGGGAGAUGCGGUGCUUGCGGGAGAUGGGGUGCUUGCGGGAGAUGAUCAUGCUCUCAAUCUCACAGCACCCUGUGAUGCCGAGAAGCGGCACCACGAGCAGAGCGUGGACGUGGUUGAUCCGCUGCCACGUCCCGUCUGGCACAUCAUCUUCCGCCUCCUGCUGCUGCCACCCUCACUCUCCUCCCACUCUCACAAUCCAGCACUCGUCUGCAAUACUUCUCCCCGCACCCACCCACCAGAGCGUGGACGUGGUUGA